UCUAAAAUAGCAGAAAAGCAUGGUAUUGUGCAGUCAACGUUGACGCGCACGUGGAGGGGUGAGACGCGUCUGCACAAAGAGAAGGUUCUUGCACAACAAAAGCUCACCCUACAACAAGAGGAGGAGCUUGUACGAUAUAUAGAAGAGCUUACUGCUCGUCAUAUACCUCCUACAAGAGAGAUGAUUGCCAAUUUCGCGUCAGCAGUCGCCCAGGAGCCAGUGAGCGAGAGCUGGGUUACCUGCUUCAUUAACAAGUACUCUAUCCAUCUUAUCUCUCAAUACUUAACAGGUAUAGACGCCAAUCGCCACAACGCUGAUUCCUAUACUAAAUAUAAGCUAUACUUCAACCUACUACAACGCAAGAUUGCUGAAUACAAGAUUAACGCUGAGCACACGUACAAUAUAGAUAAGAAGGGCUUUAUAAUUAGGGUUACCUUAAGAAUAAAACACGUAUUUAGCAGGUGUAUAAAGUACCACCUAUUAAUUAUUGACAGCCACAGAUCUUAUGUAAUAAUAGACUCUAUUAAAUACUGCGAUCAGAACAGGAUACUCCUAGCUAUCCUUCCUCCUUAUUCAACUCACACGCUGCAGCUGCUUAACAAAGGCCUAUUAGUGAUCAAGAAGAGUGACUUCUUCCACCUGUUCUGGAAGGCCUGGACAAACACGUUUACUCCAGAGCUGAUACUCAGGUCCUUCAAGGCAACAGAUAUAUCACCCCUUCAGCCUACACCCGAACACCAAUCUUUCGAUUUUUGGAGUACCCCUGAGGCCUCUGACAGCAGCACAAGCUCUUCUUCAGUCUAUUCUGGCAAGGACUGGCUCAAAAUAGAGACUCUGUUGCGGAAGGUAGUCAAGGAAGAGAAGGAAGAGACUAGUCAGGAGCUGAGGAAGAUCAGCCGCUCGCUCCACUAUAUAUUAAUUCAAAAUCAGCUCCUCCACCACAAGAAUCAGGAAGAACAUAGAAAAGCAGAGAAGAAGAAGGUCAGGCAAGCUAAUAAGCUGUACAAUGAGAGGAUUGCUCAGGAGAGGCGUGAGCAGCGGGCAAGAGAGAAGGAUGAGUGUGAGCAAGUCGGAGCUAAGAAGGCCAAGGAAGCAGCUGAACGCAAGGCUCAAAGAGAGCGCGAUAAGCAAGCUUGCAACGCUGAAAAAACUGUACAAUUGCCCCAAAGAGGCAAGCGCAAAGCUUCAGCAGCUCCUGCAGCAAAAAUAUCAAAGAAGCGUCGCACUGUGGGUGCUGCGCGUGGGGUUGAUGCUGCUGAGCCUCCUGCAGCACCUCGCACCCACACCACGCGCAGCGGCCGAACAGCAACUCUAUAUAAUUAAUUUGUAUGAGAGAAUAUUGUCG